UUUAGUCAUUAAAAAAAAAAAAUUUUAAUAUUUCAAAAAUGAAACCAGAUAAGUCAGAAAACAGCCACAUAAACGACAAUGAUUUAAGCAAUGAAUUAAAUAGUCAUAUGUUUUGGAUAUUUGGUUACGGCUCAUUGAUAUGGAAAACUAAUUUUCCAUUCGUUAAAAAAUACCCCGGAUACAUAAAAGGAUACACCAGGCGAUUUUAUCAGUUUAGUCCUGACCAUAGAGGGACUAAUGACUUACCCGGACGAGUAGUGACUCUUCUACCAUCAACUGAUGAAAGUCGAGUAUGGGGUAUAGCAUAUGGGAUCGACAAUCGAGAUAUAGAUAAUGUAUGUGCAGGGUUGGACCUACGUGAACGCGCAGGUUAUACUAAGAAAGUUAUCCAAUUUCAUACGAAAACAAAUGAAGAUCAAAUACCAUCAGAAGUUAUUGUGUAUAUAGCAGAUGAAAACAAUGAAUGGUUUGCUGGUGAAGCACCUAUUCAACAAAUCGCUUCCAGAAUAGCAAUCUGCCGUGGAACCAGUGGAUCAAAUCCAGAAUAUGUACAUAAAUUAGCAGCAGAAAUGAGACGGAUAGCUCCUGAAGAAGAUGAUAAGCAUUUAUUUGAACUUGAAAUGGCUCUGAAAAGCAUUGAAAAUAGUUUGUAAGGGAAACAAAUAUUUUAAUCAAAUAUAAGA